AGCACACCGCAAUCGCUUGCCGUUCCCGUUGGAAGCAAACGUAAUUUUUUUAAACACAUUUGUAUUUUACAACACACAUUCAGAGAGACAGACGUGCUAAAGUACAGUGAAUUUUUGAAAAUUGUUUUCUGUGUGUUCUCGUUCUUUUCGCGUGUGUGAAUAUUAGCAAAAUAAAUUAGCACAACAAAAAGAGUAAAACACGUACGCACGUCACGCGCACGACGAGAAAGAACGGCGAUAACAACGCAAAAAAAAGGAAAAAAAACACCAACAAAACUUAAACUUACAAAUUUUGUGCACAAGACAAGAGAGAACUUGAAGCUUUUGCAAAAACGUUAAAAUCAUGUCAGACGCCGAUUUUGAGCCACAGUCACAGCCGGAGUCGACAAAUGGCAGCAGCAAAUUUGAUGUGCCCGAGAUCGAAUUGAUCAUCAAGGCCUCGACCAUCGAUGGACGUCGCAAGGGCGCCUGCCUGUUCUGUCAGGAGUACUUUAUGGAUCUGUAUCUGCUGGCCGAGCUGAAGACGAUCAGUCUGAAGGUGACCACAGUGGAUAUGCAGAAGCCGCCACCAGAUUUUCGCACCAACUUCGAGGCAACACAUCCACCAAUUCUGAUUGACAAUGGCUUGGCCAUUUUGGAGAACGAGAAGAUUGAACGUCAUAUCAUGAAGAACAUACCCGGCGGCUAUAAUCUGUUUGUGCAGGACAAAGAUGUGGCCACGCUGAUCGAGAAUCUGUACGUGAAGUUGAAGCUGAUGCUGGUGAAGAAGGACGAGGCGAAGAACAAUGCGCUCUUGUCGCAUCUCAAGAAGAUCAACGAUCAUUUGGCCAAUCGCAAUACACGUUUCCUUACCGGCGACACCAUGUGCUGCUUCGAUUGCGAGCUCAUGCCUCGUCUGCAGCACAUACGCGUUGCAGGCAAAUACUUUGUCGAUUUUGAGAUACCGACGCAUUUGACGGCGCUGUGGCGUUACAUGUAUCAUAUGUAUCAGCUGGAUGCUUUCACACAAUCAUGCCCAGCCGACCAGGACAUUAUCAACCAUUAUAAGCUGCAACAGAGUCUCAAAAUGAAGAAGCAUGAGGAGCUGGAGACGCCAACGUUUACCACAUCCAUUCCAAUUGAUAUUUCAGAGUAGAGUUCUAUAGAGCCAUGCACAGUUAUUAUUAUUAUUAUUAUUAUUGUACUUUUUUUUGUGACAACUCUACAACUACAACUGCAACUAUUCAGCGACAACUUUGAAUGACAACACAUACUACUACAACUAUACAAAAAGCAUACAAGUAGAAUAUGUAUAGUAUAUAUAUACAUAUACUAUAUACAUACAAUAAUACGUAUAUGACAUGCAUAUAUAUUUAUAUACCUUUAUAUAGAUACGCAAGAUGACAAGCAAUUGUUUUUCUUUUAAGCAGCCACCGUUGCCUUCCUCCUCUGAAACGCUAUGCAUUAUUUUUUAUUUUUGACUUGUAUUUUAAAAACAUUUUUGACUUCAUUGCCCGCCUGCGUGUUUUUUUUGGUUUAAUUACGAUUAAAGCUACAAGAAAAUGUAUUUGAUAUACAUUAACAAAACGUAUCCUCUGGGUUUCCCUUUUAUUAGAUUUUUGUUUUAUCAAUCUGCAAGGAGCUUUUCUAUGUAAACGGAAAAAGUGUUGUUCUUAUUUUCAAUCAAUUUUUUAUUUCUUUUUUUUUUUUGGCUCCCUGGCGCAUGUUGCCAUUUUGUUUGCUUUAAAUUUUUAUUUAAUACCAUAACAAGAAAAAAUUAAAAAAAAAAACAAAUCAAUAAGAAUAUGAGAAGAGGAAA